AUUGGUUCUAGGCUUCAAGCAAAAGCGUGCUAACCGUUUAUAAUCAGGGCACCAGACAAAAUUCCACCAAAGCGCGCUAACCGUCUUUCUCAGCUGCCGACCUAUCUCCACUGCCGCUCCGCCGCCGCCAGAGUUUUAUCAACCGUGAGAAUCUGAUCGCAUAGUUAGUACAAUCGAGAAGAUGAUACUGCCCAAUGCGGUUUCUCAUAGAUUAGUCACGGGAUUUUGAGUUUCUGGAGUGAGAGAGUGUUCAUAUAAGAGAAUACAGAAAUGGGGGAGAAUGCGGGUUUUGUGUCGGGUUACAAGGAGUAUGUUGCAGGUAUGCUGGCCGGAGUUGCCACUGUCAUUGUUGGUCAUCCAUUCGAUACCGUCAAGGUGAAGCUGCAAAAACAUAAUACUGAAGCUAAGGGGAUCAAGUACAAGAAUGGUUUGCACUGUACUACAAGAAUAUUGAAGACGGAAGGAGUGAAAGGGCUCUAUCGUGGCGCAACGUCUUCUUUUGUGGGAAUGGCCUUUGAAAGUUCACUAGCCUUUGGAAUCUAUUCCCAGACAAAACACUUUCUUCAGGGAACAACACAAAGUGGAAAGCCACAGCUUCUUGCCAUAAUUCCUUCAGGAGCUUUUGCUGGAGGUGUUGUUAGCUUUAUACUCUGCCCAUCCGAGCUGGUAAAGUGUAGAAUGCAAGUUCAAGGCGCUGACUCUUUCCUUCAAAGUACAAGUCGGUACAGCAGUCCGAUCGAUUGUGCCCUUAAAACUGUAAAAAGCGAAGGGCUUACAGGCAUUUUCCGUGGAGGAGGUGCCACGUUUCUUAGAGAAUUUAUUGGAAAUGCUGUCUUCUUUAGCACCUAUGAGUACGUGAGCUAUUACAUGCAUAAACCACUCAGGGAUGCCUCCUCUGAUCUAACCCAUGUGAUUGAUGUCGGAGUUGGAAUUUUUAGUGGCGGUCUUGGUGGGAUAGCUUGUUGGUCUGCUGUUCUACCAUUAGAUGUUGCAAAGACAAUAAUCCAAACUUCACCGGACAAAAACCAUACAAGAAAUCCAGUCCAGGUUCUUGAAUUGAUAUAUCGGAGAUCUGGAAUCAGAGGAUGCUAUACAGGACUUGGUCCUACAAUAGUUAGAGCCUUUCCCGCUAACGCUGCUGCUAUUGUCACAUGGGAACUGGCUAUGAAAAUUCUGGGGAUCAAGCAUGAUUAAGCCUGGUGUGCCGUCUGAGGACAUAAUUGCUGAUUAUAUUUCUGGUUACUCUAAAAGAGAUGGUGCUACUUUUUAUCAGUACUAAGUUUGAUUCCACCAAGAUUACUCCCAAUAUUGCACAAUAGUCUCAAAGUGAUCUUAUAAAAUUUACAUAAAAAAUCUAUUAUGGUCCAAUCAUACUCGGCUUAUAAAUGAUUGGAUCAGUUUGUACUAGUAAGGACUAAGCAUAUAUCAUGGACAAGUGCAUAUGAAAUUCUGUUCUGGAUGUGUUCAGUUCAACGUAUUAUUUUCUUUUUA